AUGUCUGAAGUACAGGGAACACUGGAGUUUUCUGUAGAGUUGCACAAGUUUCACAAUGUGGAUCUCUUUCAAAGGGGGUUCUACCAGGUACGAGCAGGGUUGAAGGUCUCACCUCGAGUGCCCCACAGGUUGAUAGCGACAACACAAGACAAUACAGGAGAAUGCAGCUUCAGCUCUGCGGGGGUUUACGAUGGCACCGUUUUCAGCCGGAUAUUUCAGAUCCUUUACAGAAAUGAGGAGAUUGCGGUGAAUGACUGUAUGAUCUUCAAAGUCCACCUGCUAUUGGAUGGAGAAAGGGUGGAGGAAACCUUGAGUGAAGUGGACUUUCAGUUGAAGCUGGAUCUUCAUUUCACCGACAAUGAGCAACAGUUGGCAGAGAUAGUGACUGUUCCGUUGAUCAGCAGUCGUACCCUCAGCCUCCACUUCCACCCGCGGAGAGGUCUCCACCACCAUGUCCCUGUCAUGUUCGACUACUUCCACCUGUCCGUCAUUUCUGUCUCCAUACAUGCCUCACUGGUUGCCUUACAUCAGCCACUAAUCAGCUUUGCACGUACAGGGAAGGGCUCCUGGCUGGGGAAGGGCUCGCCAGAGAGUGCGAGCGACCCAUCUGCCAUGUCUGUAGAGAACCUUGUGUUCGGGGCUGGCUACUGCAAGCCUGUCAUCUCUGAGGGGAGCUUUUAUGUGCCCAGUGAAAACUGCCUGCAGAGAGCUCAUACGUGGCACCGGAGGCUCUGUCGCCUCCUGUUGGUGGCACAUAGAGGCCUGCACACCUACUACACCGCGCUGAUGAAGGAAAUCCCACAGCUCCAGCAGACUCCACUAGACUCAGAGGUGAAGCCUGUGGAAGAAACUCUAAAUCAGCUCACAAUAGAGUUACAGCUGCAGGAUGGCCAUGAAAAGGUAGCAGAGCAGAUCAGCAGGGACGUGAGCCAGCUCUGCUCCCAGCUGGCUGCUCUGUGGAGCUGCUUCCUGGAGGCUGCUGUGCUCAACCCCCACAUCCUCUCCUAUCUGGCCCAGGAGCACCACACGCUCAGGGUCAGGAGGUUUUCAGAGGCAUACUUCUUCACCGAACACCCCAAAGAGAUAUCUCUCACCUUUCAAGAGGAACUAAUCAACAGACAUGGCCAGAUAGCUGCAGAAGUGCGGAGCUCAGACUACCUGACCAAGAUGCCUCCUUUACCAGUUGAGUGCCUGGACAUCGAUGGAGACUGGAACAGCCUGCCCAUCAUCUUUGAGGAUAGAUACGUGGAGUCUCCUCAAACAGAGUGGGUAUCACAUGUGCCAAUGCCUGCAACUACUGAAGGGCAAAUCAAAUCGGAUCCUGCCAUCACUCCUUCCAACAGGAUCUUUGAAAGCAGCCAGAGAGCCAGAUCACCAGCAAUACCCCUGGAUCCCUUGGACAGUGAGGACUGCAUGGACCUGCCCACAUAUGUUUCCUUCAUAGCAGAGCAGAGUAAGACCCGCACCAACAUCAGAAGUAUCCAGACUCCCAUUCCUCGUGAGGACAGAGCUGAAUUCUCUCAAGCAGAAGUAGAAAGCUUGAAAGAACCAGUGGAAAAACAGGGCCAGAUUGAGGAAUCCUGUAGUUCAGGCCUGAGCUACAUCACAGUUAAGUCUUGUGAUGUGGAUCCAUAUAGAAGCGAAGCACUCCUGGUUCACACCUCAAACCACAAUCCCCUCACUGACUCUACUAACAGCAGUGAUGAGUCUCCUGCUCAUCAUUUAACAGAAAAUGCCAUCCACAUUUGUGAUGCCACAAACGAGAGCAAUGCAAGAGAGGGUGCAAACAACGAAGAGGAGUCUGACAUUGCAAUGCCAUUAAAUCACUCCAUGGAUGAUGAGAGUGAGGAUGUUCCUCUCAUCAGCCUACCCACAGCUUAUGCGCAUCCAGUUAUAUCUCCCUUUCCUGCUGAUCUCAGAAAAGAGAUGACUCACCGUGGAGGCCUGGUUGGCUCCAAAAUCAUGAAGCGCUCUUCCUCUGUUAUUUCCGACUCAGGUAUUGAGAGUGAGCCCAGCUCGGUAGCAUGGCCUGUGGAGGCUGCACCGCGUGGUAGACCUCCUCUAGACUUCUCCAGUGAACGAGAGUUCCAACAGCAAAUAGUGUGUCGCCACCCGGUCCACCUCAGCUCUCUGGAAGGCUUGCAGAUGGAGAGUAACGGCAGCCUUCCAAGUGGAGGUAUACAGGCCUCACUCACCUCUAUUAGCUCCCUGCCCUAUGAGGAGGACCAGCAGCAGAGGCAGCUCAGCAAACUGACCAAGUCAGUCUCAGCGCCACAGAUAAGUAGCCCAGAAGACACUGAGGAGGACCAUGUGCUGCUCAACCAGGAAGCAGAUACUAAGAGCUUAGUGCGACACCAGGAUUCAUGUAAGAUCAACUGCUCUUCUUUGAUCAGCAACCUGAAUUCAGAGCAAUCUGAAUCAUCUCUAUUAGACACGAGUUCAAUUACAAAUCUUGGCCAUAUUCCCAAGGAGAGUAUUAGCUCUGAAAAGUCAAAUCCUCCACAGAACCUGUCAGAGACAUACAUAUCCAAGACAGUGUUAAGUGGUGUGUCUGAAGUGUUGCUUCUACAAGAGUCUGUAGAAAGAUCUAAUGUGAAGGAAAGCGCUGUUGUUGGCAGCUACGGGGAGAAUAUUAACCAUCAAACACACAUCAGCGGAGUAAACGCCUCAGUGGAGGAUGUGCAUCUCACUGAAUCGGAAACUGUGCCCUGCAGCUGCGGAAACAAACCAUGUGUGCAUAAAAGUGCAGCAAAUCAGGAGAGAAUUGACGCUGGAGAUGAGUGCCACCGUUUCCAUCAGACUGAACUGCUUGGUGCUGAGGACCAGGAGGAUCUGGAUCCCAACGACCUUCCCAACAGUACCACCGCCACACAGAGGCCCAAUGACCUUACAGGGGUGACAGCCAGUGAUUUCAUAUCAUCUUUUGAGCUCAGUGGGAUAUCAUCCAGUGAGAAAGAGCCUUUAGACUCCCAGACAAAGUCCUCUAAGAUCCCCAACUCGGGGCUGGCCUUUGUGAAUAAGAAGAUGGUCGAGGUAGUGAACAUGUCGGUGUCUUGUGCCCCAACGUGUCUGCCAUUUUCCUCUGUUUUGAGAGACUCUCCGUCCAUCAGUGGAAUGUCCACUCGCCAGGCUACCUCACCUAUCACCCAUCAACCCCUUGGCUCCUUUGGUAUCAUCUCCUCAUCUUCACUCAACCCCCUUAACAUGGAUGAUGAGACCAAUGAACGAAUGCUAAAUUUCUACAAAGCCAAAGAGGAGCUGUUCAAAGAUUUGAGCUUUCAGGCCAGCUUGUACAGUGACCUUCCUCUCCUGGCAUCAGAUCUGCCCUACUUCCCCCCUGAGGAGGACGACGAGGAGUUUGAUGACGGUAUACACCUUGUAGUGUGUGUCCACGGGCUUGAUGGAAACAGUGCAGACCUUCGGCUGGUGAAGACUUUUAUUGAGUUAGGGCUGCCAGGAUCCAGGCUCGACUUCCUCAUGUCUGAGAGGAACCAGACUGAUACAUUUGCAGAUUUCGACACCAUGACGGACAGGUUGCUGGAUGAGAUCAUUCAGCAUAUCCAGCUGUACAAUCUCACCAUAGGCAGGAUAAGCUUCAUCGGCCACUCUCUGGGGAACAUCAUCAUCCGCUCUGUGCUGACGAGGCCUCGCUUCCGCUGUUAUUUGCCCAAACUGCACACUUUCCUCUCGCUGUCAGGCCCACACUUGGGAACGCUCUACAACAACAGCACACUGGUCAGCACAGGUCUGUGGUUAAUGCAGAAGCUGAAGAAAUCAGGAUCCUUGCUGCAGCUCACCUUCAGAGAUCAUGUUGAUCCACGGAAAACAUUCCUCUAUCUUCUGAGUCAGAAACCAGGGCUCCAGUUCUUCAAGAACGUGGUGUUGGUGGCAUCUCCACAGGACCGUUAUGUUCCUUUCCACUCCGCGAGAAUAGAGAUGUGCAAAACUGCUCUCAAGGACAGAACCACAGGUCCCGUGUACACUGAGAUGAUCAACAACCUCCUGCAGCCCCUUGUCGAGACUAAAGAGUGCCGGCUGAUCCGUCAGAAUGUGUUCCAUGCUCUGCCCAACACAGCCAACACUUUGAUUGGCCGUGCCGCCCACAUCGCUGUCUUGGACUCUGAGCUUUUCCUGGAGAAGUUCUUCUUAGUGGCAGGGCUUAACUACUUCAAAUAAAGGUGCUACAGGCUGACAGGACAGAACAUUUGGGUGGCUGGCAGAGCUGAUUUGGAGGAAAAGGUCCUAACUUUCAUGUUGUACAAUAUACGGUAUGUAGUGUGUAUAAUCCCUGGUAUCCAAGAGGAAAGACCUGUAUAUCCAAUUGGUUAGGAUUGUUAGCAGCUGUUAAAAAAGAUCAGUGUAUUGUGACUGUUUAAAUUGCUAACUCAGGCGUCUGAGUUUGACGCGUAGCCAUGCAAAACAAGACAUCUGACAUCUAUCACAGGACUGACUGUUGAUGUUUUGUUGGCCUUAUGAAUAACCUCUAAGCCAGAACACUAACAGAUGCUAGUUGUGGUCUAAAGCAUUUAACUACUUUCCCUUCAGAGUUGGUUUAGAGCCUUUAGUAUCAUCGGUUGACUGAAUUCUUCUUUAAGAGUUACACCAAUGAUAGUCUUACUCUAUGCUUAGAAACGAGGCAACAGAUGCGCAGCAUUUAUCCCCUUGAUUGUACAUGACGUAUUUUGUUGUACAAACAUACAUGUAGAUUUUCCUUUAUACAGAAAUGAGUAUAUUGUUCAAAAUUAUUUAUUUUUUAUCUUCUUAUGUAUCUACAGUGUAAGUGUUCCAUUUAAAUGUGAUCUUUUUUGUGUUAUAUCACCAAAUCUAUCGAAUGAAAAUCAAAGUGUUUAUAAUACAAUGCAGGUGGAAGUGUUACAAUAUGUAGCCUAUAAUUCCGUAUAGUGGAUAUUUAAACAGUCAGAUUCUUCAUAGAUUUACUUUAUCAAAUUAUUAAUUUUGAACUGCACCUCAGUAACUCAACUCACUGACCCUGAUUAGCUAAUCAUGAGGCUACAGCACAGUAUCUUUGAUGCCAAAUGAAUCUACCUGCUAUGUAAGAUUUCAAUUUUUAAUUGAUUGUUUAAACUGAUUGAUUGAAAAGGUUGAUUGACUAAAUUUAUGAAGUUGUCAUUCCCCAAGCCCCACCCUCCAUUGCUACACCUGUCAGGCUUUGCAGACUUGCGUGGCACAAAUACAGUUUACAGUAGCCAAGUUUCCAUUCAAAUUUAGCGCAUAUUUUAAAUGAAAUUCCAGAUAAUCAGCAAAAGAAAAUGCAAAUUAAUACACAUUUCCAUCUGCUACUGUUAUGCCAGUAUUAGGAGAUGAUGGCAUUGAGAUAAACAGUUGGUGGCUAAUUCUCCAGUUUGCAUUAAACCAUGUCAGAGGUAGAGGGAGCAAUGAGGUGAUGUAAUUUAAAUAGUACCCGCACAUCAAAGGAACAAAAAAAGGUGUGAAAACUAGCUAGAUAGCUAAUUAAGCUAAUGUUAGCUACGGUAGUUGGUUGAAACCGCUGACUGCGGCUGACUAAAUUACAUUAUGGAAAAAAAUAAGAUCAGACUGUUCAGACUGUUAUAUGUUCUAUAAUAGCCCAGUUUCCAUUGCUUAGCAUAAAUACAGGCUCAUAUUUUCGAGCAGUAUAUUUACACUUAAACGUUACAAAAGAAAAGCUUUUAGGAUAAGAGCCAACUGAUGUUUUUGGCAAAUGUAACGCCAUCCCAGGUUACGCUGGGUUACACUUAACCCGCAAAAAUAAUGUAACCUAGUUAGUUAAUGAAUUGUUCCUUGCUCUCGGAAGUAAUGCUCAGUUAUUACUGUAGGCAGUGAGCUAGCAAGGUAGUAAGCCACUGUAGGUAGACAUGGUAGCGAAUGCAGCUCAUGUUAGAGCAGGUAAACAUAAAGUUGAAUUAAUUCCUUACACAGGGGGAGGGAUUGAGCUAAUGGUCAGUACUUUUGAUAAACUACCUAACAGUAUUGAAGUAAAUCUACAGCAUGAUAACUACCAGGAUAACCCAAUGAAGAUACAUGACUUAUUCCCAUUUUGGUCCUUGAAUCAUGUGACGGGGAGGCAGGGAGGCAGAAAACAGGCUUACUCAUGUAAUCAACAGCAAUUAUACUGUACAUAUAAUGUGAAAAAGAAACACAUUGUCCAUGACUAUAUAUUGCAAUCUCAUGGUCUAAUGACCAUCAAUUUCUUAAUGAACCGUUUUAAAUUGUAGAUUAAAAUCCUCUACACAAGGAUGGAUUUUAUAAGGCACUUUGAAAUUUCUUAUUUUUUAAAUGGCAUGCAUCAGGGUGUCAACGCCUUCUAGAAAACUGGAUUAUUUUGCAUGAUAUGGACCCACUGCCAAGAUUCACCCUCACACAGUGUCAUUUUUUACAAACGUAGUUCAAUAUGAUGCAUGAUGAUAGCAGGGAAGCACCGUCGUAGCAGACUCUGUCUCAUGUAUGAUGCCAUAUUUUGAUCAUCUCAUCAGCUAAACCAGACAUCUGUUGUGUAAAUUAUUUUCAUUUUUUACAGCCUUUGCUGUCACAUUCAAGCGUGACAGGGAAGGUGUAGUUUUCCAGCAUACCGGUGAGGACCAUUUUCUCAUCACUGUGCUGUCCAUCAAUUGAUGUUUACAUUCUGGCAACAGAGAACUGUUAUCAUAAAUGUCUGAUAUCCAGCAGUGGCUGUGCAUCUGCUGCAUAUGUAGUUAUGUACAUAGAGAGAGCUAUAUUUAACCUUUGCACUGGUUUGAUGGCAAGUGCACUUUAUUGAAAACCUUGAAUCAACCUCCACUAGCUUUACAAACUCCAAACAGCUGUUUGUUCUUGUGUUUUCUUGUUUAUACAUGCGCUGCUUCUUUACAUCUGAAGGUUGUGUCGCGCAUUUGUUGAAAGAGUUGACCUUGGCUGUCUGUCUCAGCCAUUCAAGCAUUGUAUCGUCUUCAAAGUGUGCUGUCUCGCAGAACAACCGAUGACAUCACAAAGUGCUCUUUUCUGUGCGGAGGCUGUUGUUGGCCCUGCACGGUAAGCGGAGUGUCACCGUGAUUGACUCAAAUCAAAUGGGCCCCUUUAGGAGACAGAGAUCGCUCUCAAAAAGCCACUGAGUAAGGCUGCGUUAGCAGUCUGUAGGAGCUGCCAUGCAUCAUGCAUCAUUUCUCAACCCCCCCCCACCUCAACACACACAAACACACACACAUACUGUAUAUGGAUGAGGCUUUGGUUUGUUUGCUUUUCCUCCGAAUGCGCGUUUAAGGCAAUGUGUGUUUACCCAAAGGGGUCAGUUGGAAUCGAUGGAUGGAAAAAGUGUAUUGAGAUCGUUCCCUUCAAGGGCAAAUACAGGUUAGGAAAUUGUUUAAUGAGAUGGAUGAUUGUUAAAAGGUUGCACUUGAAGAUGCGGUAUUAGAUGAGAAUAAAUUGUAUUUAAAUUAUGCUCAACUCCAUUCACGUAAAUUGGUUGGUUUUUUUUGCUUUUUACGACUAAAUAUGUCUCUGACAGUGUUAAUUGUACAUUAAUGCUGCUGUCAUAACUGAGAGUGAAUUCCGACGUGAUCCAUAAAUCCAUUAGAUCUUUGCAAGUGCUGUCAACCUUCAAAACUAGCUGACUUGAACCUUUUCGUAUUUGAUUGCCCUUUACUGAGAGUCAUGUUCAUUUGUGGUGUGUGUGUGUGUGUGUGUGUGUGUGUGUGUGUGGUUGGUGGAGGAUGGUGUGUAAGAUGUGUAUGAAAGGAGAUGUGUUAUUUUCUGCUCGCCACUGGAGCAUCCUUCAUGUGUUUGAACUGAAUGUAAAAAAUGUUUGACUUCACUGUGAAGAACCUGUAUUUAUUUCAUUCUACAGUUCUUUUGCUGAAUGUAUAACAUGUAAAGUAGAGUAAAUACUACUUCAUCUGUGCCAAUACUACUGUAAUAUUUUUCUAUGUUGCUGA